GUUUAAUUCUGCCAAUACCGACCGCUUUACUCAUAUAAAGUGUCUUGUCUACCGGGUGUUGUUGACCGGCCCACUACCAUCGGAACCCACAACCUCAGCCAGCUUCAUCAGGAUGUCCAACCAUGAGCCCAAGGGCAGACAACUGCAUGAGCUGCCGCCCGAAAUCUUCCAACAGGUCCUCACCGACCUGGAUCUGGCGUCCAUCAAGGCCCUCCGCCUGACCACGCGCACGCUCGCCGAGAAGUGCCUCGGGCCCCGGGACCAGCUCAUCCAACCCGUGCUCGACUUCUCGCCGCAGAAUCUGCGCGCCCUGUAUGCCCUGGCAUGUGACCCCGUCCUCAGCCCGAAGGUGCAUUCCCUGACCUUCCUGGCCACCUCCCUGGAAUCUCGGGAAUUGGAGAAGAGCAUCGAAGCCGGAUACUACGAGGAAGUAACCUUCAAUGGCCCCAUAUGGUCCAGGGAAGAAGUCGACUAUACCCCCGAGGAGCUGGGCAAGGCUCAGGCGGAGCUACGCUGGCUCAAGGAGCAGCAGGAAGCGCGGGCCGCCGAAUCGCCGAGCGAGAUGGUGGACCUCCUGCAGCGGGCACUGCAGGGCUUCGGCGCGUUGCAGUCGAUCCGCCUCGAUGGCGGGAUCGUCUGCGGACGUGGACGCGCUAAGAGAGAGCCCCCGGGCUACAAACAAUGGAGGCCGUUCUGGGAGAGAGCCUCGCGGGUGCUCGCCUGGGUGCUGACUGCGAUGGUGCAAAGUGGCGUCUCGGUGAGGGAUUUCGAUGUGUAUUACAACACCGACCGGUGCUGUAUUCCGGUGGAUGAGAUUGCUGCUCUGGCGGCGGGGUUCGGCCAAUCACAGCUGGAGGUAUUCGGAAAGAACCUGCACUCGCUUCAGCUGAGCUUGGCGGGGGCGUUAAAGGAUGCUCAGGUUGAGAAGGCGGAGGAGGGAAAAGAAAAAGAGGAGGAAAAGGACGAAUCGCCUGAGUUUCAAUCCCUCUUUCAAUCGGCUCCGGCUCUUCAAGAGUUGGUUCUGAGAUUUCGGCGUACCGGCCGACUAGAGACUCGCAAUCGCUAUGACUACAUAAUCAACAGCAUCGCCAAGGAAGUCCACUUUCCUAUGCUGGAGAAAUGUGAACUUGCUGGUCUUCCUUUAAAAAAAGAGUCACUGCUACUUUUUCUUCAGAGGCAUCCCAACCUUCGCUCCCUAUCAUUACAUGAGUGUCAUCUGACCUCGGGUUCCUGGACCCCGAUCUUUACUCAUCUACAGUCGAUGCCCAGGCUUGAGACCCUCAGCCUCUCGAAUCUCUUUGGCAAGCACAUGCAGAAUCGGAAGUAUGAACAACGACGGCGUCAUCCUUCUUCGCCAUCGCUUUCCUCGACGUCCAAGACAGAGAAUGAGCCCGAUGACGAGCUGGAGGAGGGCGACGGAAUGGUGGUUCUGCUGCCAAUUUGGAAUGUCCCUUCCAAAGACCGUUGGGCCGGCUGGUUUACCGAGUACCCCCAUUCCAAUGGGAGAGCAGUGCACACCAGGGACUUCACUCGCGAGGAACUGGCCAAGGGACUGGUCUUUCGGCCGCUAACCAAAGGGCCAGGAUGCGCGAUCGGCUCUGCCCAGGCCAUGAACUGGAGGAAUAGUCGGCGAGAGCUUUAUGCGCCGCUUGUAUAGGUCAGUGACGUGGGGUGCUUGCAACUCUGUUUGUGGAGGCGGUCCCAUCAUUGAAACAUACGAGGCUAAAGUGAAUGGUAACUAUUACAAAUCUUGAAGUCUUUUACACUGUGCGCAUUUAGGUCAGCAAUCUCCCACGGGAAGUCAGACUCAACACUAUUG